CCGCGCGCCGACCAAUGGCGUGGGACCUCCGUCGAGAGUAAUGUUAGAGAACGGAGGAGUGAAGAUACUGCGUAUAGCCUCACACAACAGCCAUUGCCGUGCAUUGAGAGCCCAGUCACAGUCGUUCGAUUUAGUGUUUGGCUUCAGGUGUUUUCCCGCGCACCAGGAUGAGGAAAGACCGGACCAAGCCCAGGGGCAAGAUGUCCUCGUACGCCUACUUCGUGCAGACGUGCCGGGAGGAGCACAAGAAGAAGCAUCCCGACGCUUCUGUCAACUUCUCCGAGUUUUCCAAGAAGUGCUCAGAGAGAUGGAAGACCAUGUCGGCCAAGGAGAAGGGCAAGUUUGAGGACCUGGCCAAGUUAGACAAGGCGCGUUACGAGCAGGAGAUGAUGAGCUACGUGCCGGCCCACGGAGGGAAGAAGAAGAAGUUCAAGGACCCCAAUGCCCCCAAGAGGCCCCCGUCCGCCUUCUUCAUCUUCUGCUCCGAGUUUCGCCCCAAGGUGAAGGGCGAGACUCCCGGCUUGACCAUCGGCGAUGUAGCCAAGAAGCUGGGCGAGAUGUGGAACAGAACCUCAGCUGAGAAUAAGCAGCCCUUUGAGAAGAAGGCGGCCAAGCUGAAGGAGAAGUACGAGAAGGACGUGGCGGCGUACCGCGCCAAGGGCAAGCCUGGCAGCACCGCCCCGGCGCCCAAACCAGCAGCCAAGGUGGUGGAGAAAGACGAUGACGACGACGAUGACGACGACGAGGAAGAUGACGAGGAUGAGGACGAGGAUGACGAGUAGUUGCGGGCGGCGAUGGUGAUGAUGUCGUUUGUAAAGCAUUUAAGAUGCCCCGUGUACACACAUCACUUACAAAAAAGCAAAUCCAUUAGUUGCAUCUGAGGGGCGAGCGAAGGGGUUGAGGGGAGGGGCAAGCUAAAAAAUGCAGAAAGAGGCUGUGUAUAUCACUUGUUUUUAUGCUGUACAGUUUGUUUCUCCUUUUUGUAAAGUUAACACUACACGUCUGGUGUCUGUGUCCUAUUGCUUUUCUUUCUCCUCUGAAUCCUCGUCCGGCCGGUCGGGGCUUACAGUAUUUAGCUUAGCUAGAUGUGCACAGCACAUAAAAAAAAAAGACAAAUGUUAGAUCUGAGUGUUUCUGGGUUUUUUUUCUGUGUUUUGAUUUUAUCGCCGUUGACGUAUCACUUACUGAUCUUGCGUACGUACCACUGUCAUAGCAACAUGAGAAGAUAUGGGGGGAGCCUCGUUUAUUGUUAGUUUAAAUUGCUUCUGAUGUCAAUAAACAUUUUUUUUAAU